CAUUGGUCCUAUAAGUACUGAAAACACUACAUAUUUUAGUACAGUCCAAUUACUAUAGUACACUAUAACUUUUAAUAUGAUAAAUAUUAAAAUUAUUCUUUUGCUUGGUUUGGCGGCGUACGUGGCGUGUGAUAGCGGUAGAAAAAAAGGUACUACAAAAAGAUAUUACGAUGACGACAGUGACUUCAGUGAAUCGAGUUCAUUAAGCGAAGAUAGCGAUGAUGAAGUUUAUAUUCCUAAACAAUAUGGUACUACAAACAAAUAUUGGUACAAUGACGACAGCGACUCCAGUGAGUCAAGCGAAGAUAGCGAUUAUGAAGUUUAUAGGCCUAAACAAUACGGUAAAGCAAAAUCAAAGAUCCCUGCGAAAUUACCAAAACAAAAACCAACAGUUGCAAACGUUCAAGGAUACGGAACUGGUGGAAACUUUAGUAACUUUGGUAACUUUGGUAAUUUUGGAAAUCAAGGUGUGAGCUCGAACUCCACGACAGUAGGGAAUUUAAUUGGAAAUCCAAAUAUAAACAUUGAAAGAACUACCGAUGGCUUUAAGAUCAAUGGUAGAAUAGUCCCAGGAGUCAAUCCAUACAACAAAAUAGAGAUAGAUUGGAAACCAGAAGGAGGGAUCACAGUGAACGGUGAAGACAAACCAGGAUUCGAAGAUAUAAAAUAUAGCGGAAGAACGAUUUUGGCGUCAAUAUCAAAUCCAGCUUAUAACUACGGUUCUGGGCCAAGUCAAGCAGCAGAUAAAAAAUAUCAAAAGAAAACUAAGUAUACUGUGAAACAUGGCAACAAUAUUGGACUUAAUAAUUCAUAUAACACAAAUUCAAACAAUGUAAACUGGAAUAACGUGAACUCAAACAAUGUAAACCGGAAUAAUGGUCGGGGACAAAAAUACCCUAAUAGAAGUUGGCAGUACAAUAACGGAAAUCAUAACGAUGUGCAGUUUAAUAACUCUGGUAAUAGAGGUCAGCAGUUUAAUAAUCAGGGUAAUGUAGGUGUGCAGUAUAAAAACCAUGGUUAUAUAGGACAUGCAACUUUUAACCAAGAUGAAGUAACCGUAGAAUUGAUAGGUGAUGCAAUCAAGAUCAACGGCAUAAAAAUCCCAAGAGUUAAAGCGAAGAAUUUAAAGCAGAUAACAUGGGGUGGCGGUUCACUUAAAAUCAACGGUAUAAAAAAUGAAAAAUUCAAUGGAAUAGAAGGAGCAGGAAUCAUGAAUUUCUAAACAUUCACGAAGCAAUAUAUUUACAAUGAUAAAAAAUAAAAAAUCAAUGUAUCUAAAUUAAAAAGUUUCAAACUGAUUAUAUUCUAAUAAAAAAUAUGAAUAUAAAGAAUAUAUGAAAUGCCUUAUUUCAUAGUACUAUAUGUAAUCAUUUUCAACUACAUAAUACUUUUUACAUAUGAUCUGUAACGCAUUUAAUAUUUACAAAUAUAU